CCAUUGCUGUCUCACUACAUUUGAUGAGUCUGAGUCAGAGUCGGAUUCCUCUGUCAUGUACCAAUUGAGGAUUAUUUCAUACCUUCAUUUUCUCCCUUUAGCAACUUUGCUCGGCUUGCAUAUAUAUACCUGUAUAAUAACAGUAGGCGGGGACACGGACACCACACCAUACCAUGGGCACUACUGACUGAAUGAUGGCCAAAGCCCUACUCACUCACAGAUAAUGUGUAUUCACAUGGUGCAGCAGCACACAACUACAAUGCUGUGUCAAGUACUCUUCACUUUCGGCUACUUCGAAGAAAAUGUUCGCUGCUGGGUCAAGUACUCUUCACUUUCGGCUACUUCGAAGAAAAUGUUGUUUUCUUUAAUCGAAAAAUGUCGUUCAGUUCAGUUUCAGACACGACCCAAUUCAGAAAAAUGUCUUAAACGAACAUGCUGACUAUAAAAGGGCGUGCCCAGGACAGCUCCGACCGGAUGCAACGGGAAAAUGGGGAAAUGAAAAAUGGCAAAAGAUGAAUUUGUUUUUAUAUAAGUCUUUUUAAGUUUUGCCCUUGACAGUAUAAUGCAUUCUUUACACUUCCUUUGAUACGCCUUCUUCCUGAGUAUAGCAUGAGCUCUCGCACGAGGUAGCUAGGCACGGUUUUAGGUACGGUUUUAGGUACCAACUGGAGGAGGCCAAGAAGACGUUCGGGGACAAGAUGGACAGCGUUCUUGCUGCCAGAGGCUUGGACAACAACAGAGAGCUUCUCUCUAGAUUGUUGGACGAACUGGCAGCUGAAGGUAUAGUUACAACUGACAGAGUUUGCCCUGGCUCUGAUCGAUCUCAUGUCAUGCCCAUGUUGGAGAAUUCAGGAAUUUUCACUGGCAAUGCCAACGCCAGUGACGACCAGUUGUUCAUUUGUGAGCAAAAAACAUUUUCCCGUCUGUGUGCUAGUCUAUCCCAACGUGCCAGUCAUACUCUCGGAAGCCCACCACUACUCUUCAGGAUCGUUCAUGCUUUCACGUGUGCUGGAGUUCUACCGAGUCAGUACAUCCACUUCAGUAGCAAUGCCGGCUUAGGAAAAGUCGGUGCAUCUUCAGUGUAUAACAAAGGAGGGUACUUGGACACUGUGGACGCGUGUGCCAAGGCAUCCAUGCUGAAGGCAGUCGAGGAAGUGAAAGCAACACCUAAUUACUGCGAGUGGGUAAUAACAGAUGCUCGCCACGACUCUACAGCCAACGCAUAUAAUACCACCGUUCCUUAGUACAAAAAGCUGCUCAAAUGUGUCCAAAACUGAACAUCAUUGUGCACAGACUCGAGAAGUUGCAAGAUAGUUCUUCCGCAGGUUCUGGAAAAAGGUCUCAACAUAGUUGAAGUAGCUCAUGACAAUCAACCUGUAGUGAAGAAAUACGUGCUGAACCUUGUGAAUUCGUACGACACCUGGCACGGGACCAAGAAUGUAGCGAAGAAAAUGGCGAAAAGAGCAGUUGGGACUCAAGGAAAGACCUGGUUUCCAGAGCUUUGUUUGUUGAAAUUGCUGAGUCACAUAAAUAUAAUCCCCAUUAGGUAAAAGUACAAAAUCCACUUGUACUACUGUAUGAAGAACUGUGCUCAGUCAGCAGAAAAGCUGCGGAAAAGUAUUUUAAAUAUCGUUGAACAUUUCAGAACAAGCACGAGGGCUGUGACAAAACCUCAAACUUGAGGAUUCUGCUGCCUAUAAGGCGACACUAAUGGAGAUAAAAAUGCGGAGUCAUACUGUCGAGUGAGAAUUUUCAUUGGAAUUAUUGCAGUGUCGUGACACGUUCUGGGUCGAUCACCAGCUACUCACAUACAUACCAAAACGUAUUCACUUUGGAUCAAGUACUUUUGAAAUGAGAAUGAACCUGGCUAUUAUGGACUGGAGAAAGUACAAGUGAACGACUAGUGCUGGUGAAGGACGCUGGUGAAGGACAAUAUAUGGGAGUGCUACAUUCAGCAAAGAUCCAGCAAAGAUCCAACGAGCUCAGCAAUGGUGUCGUUUCGUUUCAUCCAUUUACACAUGAUGCUGAGUAAUGAUGAUCUGGCGUACGAUGGUGCUCUUUUAUACUCAGAUGUGGACUUAAAGUCAGUAGCUUUCCGUUGAUGAGAUGAUGAUGAAGUGUACAAGGGUCGUAAAAGCGGGAAAAUUCAUAUGCCCAAGAAGCCUGUUAAACUGGGGUUCAAGGGCGCACGUGUGAGUGCAAAUAGUGUCAGAGUGUCUCGUGGGCGCUGUCAAGUGUGUGUUCGAGAGAAGAUCCCUAGCAGAGAGCAGCAACACACUGCAAUGGCAUGUCCCCACUGUCGCAUAAGAAUAUGCAAAGGACACUCCGUUAUUGGACACACAUGUGCUAGCUAAUGUGCUGUGUGACUGACUUUUCUUAGAUGGUACUCUCCUGGUCUAAAUUGGCCUUGGGAGGGGUAUUGGGAGGAAAGGGGUAUUAUUUCAAUGAUUAAUAAAAUUGUGAUAAAGAAUUCAGUUGUAUGUGAGAGGCCCUAACCCACUCUGUUGUAAAUUCUGUUGUAUUAAUACAAAACUUGUGAAUCCAAAUGGAGCUGAUUGGACUCCUUGACACUGUCAGCGAGCUUGAGCACUGUCAGAGAGCCUCAGAGUCACCACAACCACUUGGACUGCCUCAACUUCUCACAGCAGCAGACGAAUGGCAGAAUUACCUUUGUGGCAAUGGAGAAGAUCUCGUCUAAAUCUGCCUGGUAUUUUGGGCAGCUGUAUCUUUAAAUUUCCGCGUGUUGCUCAUUCAUUUCUGCAAAUAAUAAUGCAUGCGUGAAUUCAUGCGUGAUUUUAUGUUUGAUUUUAUGUUAAUAAUACCAUAACUUUGAAUCUGAAUAUCUUUUUGUAAAAACAUUAGCCAUUUACCUGUCUUUGAAAUGAAGUAGCUUUUCUUUAUUGA